CGCGUGAGAGAGUUGUGCCUGUUUCCCUGCAUUCCUAUGAUGUGACACCUCAAAGGCUCUCAGUCUGCAGACGUCGCUCUCAGUGCUUGCAGUGUGCUCUCCAGGCUGUGCUCUCUGGUCCAUUAGCUGUUCGCUUGCACGCUUUACAACUUUGAAAGUCGUGUGAAACUUUGUAAAGUCGCUCGCGCUGUCCAUAGGGUGAACUCCAGGGAGACGCUUUAGGAUGCCUUGCAGAGAAAACGUCUAUUUGUAUGCUUUUGCGGACCAUCAGAUCUUGAGAGAAAUGGUUUAAGAAGACGGACUGAGCAUUACGCAACCUGGGAGCGGCGCUCCACAUUUUGGAACAAAAUUCUCCAUUUACUUCCAGCACAAGUGACUCUUUUGUAACUGAAACGUUAUUUUUUUUGCCUAUUUUUUCAAAAAAUCUAUUAUCCAGCUUUGACAGCCAAAGGUCUGUGAUUAAGUGUUUUAUGAUAUGAAGGUUUGUGUGAAGAAACAGGUAGGAAUUGGACUUCCUAGCAUCUCAGUACCUUUGGAGAAGGCUGUUGUGAUUCUAGGGGUCAGAAUGGAGGCAAGAGAAGUUUCUUCUUCAUUGACAAAAUACAGAAAUCAGAUGUUAUCUCUUGGUUAUGAGGCACACGAGAGAAGGAACUCCGAGCCUCUGAUCCCUUGUUCUUAUUCACAUCGUCUACAUCCAGCAGAGGAUUCUUGUGACUCUAUAUCAUCUGAUCAGAUACCUGUGGACUGUGGUGCAAGAAAACCUUUGAGCGCCCGAUCUAAGAGCUUGGACAGCCUGGACUAUGUACACAAAGACUGUUGUUGCAGCACAGUUUCUUGCUGCCGGGUGGAGGGAUUGUGUUGCAGCCAGCCGUGCAGCACAUGUGGACCAUUGGAAACAGACGGGUGCUGCCAAGAGGCCUCCUUUCAAAGUAGAGGCUGGGAAACAGGGUUUCCGAGGAGAACAGAGGGGUUUUCUUCUGCUGCGACGAGGCUUUCUGGAGAGUCGCCAAGCCUGGAUGAGGAAAGGCUCGGCACCAGGAGAAUCGGCUUACCGAAGCCGUUUGUGUCGUGCUUUUACUGCACGUGUGCCUGUGCUGCAAGGCAGGAAGUUGGAACGCAGGACCGGGCGAAUUUUAGUCCAGCCCUUUGCCACAACAGGGGCUUCUCAAACCUGGGAAGGCUCAACAAGAGGUCCAAAGUCAAAUGCCUGAGGAUGCCCUGCCAGGCUUCCACAACCUCAAAAUCUUCUAUGGCUUACCAACACAGUGAUGGCGAGGCUACAGCUUCUGAGUUUGCUCAGAAGAAGGAGCGGUCCACUGUACUUGUCCGGAGGUACCUGAAGAACAACCAGAAGGUCUUGAAGAAGGUGUGCACUGGUACCAGAGCGAUUGUAAGGACCGGACAUAUAUCGGACAGAGCAUGGCAGACUGCUUAUCUAAGAAGAUGUCGGCUAAACAAGGCCUUUGUAGACACAGAAUACAGCAGAGUGCUCCAGGCCAUUCAGAUGCAGGUCUCCAAAGCUCUCCUCUCCUAUUCAGGGGUCAGACUGGAGCAGCUCCAGCAUGCUUUUCCUGCUUUGAACCCUGAGGUUUACCUCCUGCACCCCUCCAGGAAGCUGCUGGCUCGGGCAGUAGAAUGUCUGCCAGUCUGUGUGCAGCACAUUGAAUAUCGUGCCUGCUACCGUCGGACUAGCUUAGCAGCCCACCUGAGCGGAGCCCUGCUGGAAGCCACGGCUGCCAUCAGCAGCAGCACACCCAUGUUCAAAGAACGGCAGCUGUGUGGCUCCAUGGCCAGCUCCGGCUUGCUCUCGCCUGGUGUGACUGGGACCAGUAAGGAGCUGGCAGACCUGCGGCAGCUAAUUCAGUUUCCAGAGGAGAUCGCCAGCAUACUGACUGAGCAAGAACAGCAGCUUUACCGUCGUGUGCUCCCACUCGAUUACCUGUGUUUUCUCACUCGUGAUCUGGCUAACCCCGAGUGCCACAAGAGCCACCCGCAUCUUAAGGCCUCACUAUCAGCACCUGUCAUGCCUACCCAGAAUUCCCAGCACAACGUUGUAGAGGACCUAGUUGCACGCUUCAACGAGGUCAGUUCGUGGGUGACCUGGCUAGUCCUGACUGCUGGCUCAAUGGAAGAAAAGAGAGAAGUCUUUUCAUACCUUGUCCAUGUAGCCAAAUCCUGCUGGAAUAUGGGCAACUACAAUGCAGUGAUGGAGUUUCUGGCAGGUCUUAGAUCUCGCAAAGUUUUGAAGAUGUGGCAGUUCAUGGACCAAGCAGACAUCGAGACCAUGCGAAGCCUAAAAGAUGCCAUGGCCCAGCACGAGUCUUCUUCAGAAUACAAGAAGGUGGUGAAUCGUGCCCUCAACAUUCCCGGCUGUAAAGUGGUGCCCUUUUGUGGAGUGUUCCUCAGGGAGCUUAGCGAAGCUCUUGAUGGAGCGGCUAGCUUGAUUGGACUGCGCCCUGCUUUUGAUUCUCAUGAGGACUCGAUCGAGUUUGUGUCUGAUUACAACGGGCAGCAACAUUUCCUGCAGAGAGUGGGAGCUGAUGGGCUGCACAACUCCGAGAAGGAGGCCACUGUCAGCAACAUCUUGCAAACCAUCCGAAGCUGCAAUCGCAGCCUGGAGGCCGACGAGCCAGAGGACGCCUUUCGGGACAGGAGCAAGAACCAAUUUGUAGUCGGGGACCUUUCCGAUUCCGAAGGGGAUUUGUCCGAGCAGCCACGAGAGUCUGACCUGCAGAGCCCGGAGGAGCCUGAAGGUGCUUUCAGUCAUGGCACAGAAUUGGUUCCUUGGUACGUGCUCUCGCUAUCUGCUGAUAUGCACCGCUUUCUGCUGCAAGGUGCCACAGUAAUCCACUACGAGCAGGAGAGUCACCUUACUGCCCGCUGCUUGCUGCGCCUACAACCUGACAACUGCACCCUGACAUGGAUCAAACCCCCGAGUAGUCGGAGCAGGGGCAACGUACCCGAUUCUCUGCUUCAGGGCCAGGCAGUUAUGUGUGGCCUCAGUGAAGGAGUCCUUGACUUGAGUGCUGUCAAAGCCGUGUUUAUGGGCCAUUCAGGGGUUGAUAUCAAUGUAGUACGUAUACAGCACAAGCUGUGUGGUCUAAGUGCUGAAGAGAAUGGAGUUACGCUGCUUUAUGGGCUGCACACCACAGACAACAGGCUGCUGCACUUUGUGGCACCCCGGCACACUGCCUCUGUGCUGUACGAGGGCCUGCAGGAGCUGAUCAGUGCCAUCAGGAAGAUGAAGAAUUUCCCUGACCAAAGGUUGCAGUGGCUGCGUAGGCAGUAUGUCAGCCUCUACCAGGAGGAUAGUAAAUUUGAAGGACCAACGCUGGCUCAGGCAAUUGAGCUGUUUGGGGGGCGACGUUGGAACAUGAGCUCAGGCAGUAGAAGCACAGAGAAGACCACCACUCAGAAGAACAGCCCAUUGGGCAUCACUUCCAAUAAAAAGAAGAAAAAAGCCCUUGUGAGGGGAGAUAGCGGGGAUGGAACUGAUGAUGAGAUGAUCUCACGCAAGACAAAAAGCUGCAAGGAAGUUCUGAGCCGGAGAUCUUCUGAUCCAUUAGACAGUGUGGAGCAGGAGGAGAAUGAUGACUCCAGUCUCAGUGGAACCCCUGGAUCCUCCUUCUCAUCUAGCACCAAAACCCAUUCCCCUGGAACUUCCUCCUUCUCCUCUCCCUCUUGCUCGUCUUCUGUAAACAGCUCCACCCCCAUUCGUCCACACUCCUCCCCUGUCCUCCCUUGCACCGCCAAAGGCCAACCUGGGACAUGGAGCAGUAGAAGUUGGCAUGGUCGGGGAAAAGGCUGCUUCCGUGGUUUCCAGAACCUCAUGAUCUCAGACAGCAUAAUGAGCUUUGUCGAGUUUGUGGAGCUCUUCAAGUCUUUCAGCAUUCGUAGUCGCAAGGAUAUAAAAGAAUUGUUUGACACAUACGCCGUGCCCUGCACCCGCUCGGGCCCGGAUUCGGUGCCUCUCUACACCACACUGAGAAUCGAUGACAAAAUAACAGGGCUUCAGCCUGACCUAGACCUGCUGACCCGCAAUGGCUCCGAUCUCGGCCUGUUCAUCCGCACUCGCCAGCAGAUGUCCGAGAACCAGAAGCAGAUUUCCGAUGCCAUUGCCGCUGCUAGCAUUGUGACCAACGGCACAGGCGUCGAACACUCUUCAUUAGGUGUGCUGGGCCUCGCCAUCCCACAACUUAAUGACUUCCUGGUCAACUGCCAGCGAGAGCACCUUACCUACGAUGAGAUCCUGACCAUCAUCCAGAAAUUUGAGCCUUCUUCGAGCAUGCGCCAGAUGGGCUGGAUGUCCUUCGAGGGCUUUGCCAGGUUUCUCAUGGAUAAGGACAACUUUGCCUGCAAAAACGAAGAGUCUCAAGUGAACUCUGAUGAGCUGCAAUACCCACUUUCAUACUACUACAUUGAAUCAUCACACAACACAUACCUCACCGGCCACCAGCUGAAAGGAGAGUCCUCUGUGGAGCUUUACAGCCAGGUGUUGUUGCAGGGAUGCAGGAGCGUCGAGUUAGACUGCUGGGAUGGUGAUGAUGGCAUGCCAGAUAUUUACCAUGGACACACACUGACCACCAAAAUCCCAUUCAAGGAUGUGGUAGAAGCCAUCAAUCGUUCUGCGUUUGUGAACUCCGAGAUGCCUGUGAUCCUGUCUAUCGAGAACCACUGCUCUCUGCCUCAGCAGCGCAAAAUGGCCGAGAUCUUCAAGGUGGUGUUCGGAGACAAGCUGGUAACUAAAUUUCUCUUUGAGAGCGAUUUCUCUGAUGACCCGCUGCUCCCCUCCCCUUGGCAGCUAAGAGGCAAAAUCUUACUGAAGAACAAGAAACUGAAGGCACAUCAAGCACCUGUGGACAUUCUCAAGCAAAAGGCACUUCAGCUAGCACACAUGCAAGCGCAAGCCAAUAACUGUACAGUUGCCACUGGUUCUAUUGGCAACAACGAAGAGGAAGAAGAGGAGGAAGACGAGUACGACUACGACUACGAGUCAUUGUCUGAUGCUGAUGUCCUCAAUGCUUCCACUGCCUCUUAUAGCCAGGAAGAUAACAUCCUGGAUGACAAACCUGAGGGGAAGUCUUCGACCGAAAAGCUCCAAUACGAGUCCAAUGACGAGAUGCCGAAAAGAAUUAAGAAAGCCGGGAGUAAAGGAAAGAUGUUCGACAUGGAGCUGGGGGAGGAGUUCUAUCUGCCGCAGAAUGAGAAAGAAAGCAGGCAGAUUGCACAGGAACUCUCUGACCUUGUCAUCUACUGCCAGGCAAUAAAAUUCCCAGGCCUAUCAACUCUCUCCCCUUCGGGCUCUAGCAGAGGAAAGGAGCGCAAAAGUCGAAAAUCCAUCUUUGGCAACGCCCCAGUUCGUGGGAGCCCUGGUGAACCGGUGACGCUGGUGCGCGGCUCGGGGAAAGCUGGCAUGGAUGGCACAAGGGCGAGCUGGGAGGACCAGACGAUGCCAGCGACAGGCACAACACCUUCACUGAGCGCAAUCAUUCGCACACCCAAGUGUUACCACAUCUCGUCGGUGAACGAGAACGCUGCUAAGCGUUUGUGUCGUCGAUAUUCGGCCAAAUUGAUUGGCCAUACAGAGCGCCAGUUGCUGCGUACCUACCCUGCUGCCACACGCAUCGACUCCGCAAACCCCAACCCCCUCUACUUCUGGCUGCACGGCAUCCAACUCGUCGCCCUUAACUAUCAGACUGAUGAUCUGCCCAUGCAGCUGAACACUGCUCUGUUCGAGGUGAAUGGUCACUGUGGCUUUGUCCUGAAGCCACCUGUGUUAUGGGAUCGCACCUGCCAUAUGUACCAGCAGUUUAGCCCACUGGAGCGAGACCUGGAGCAUAUCAGCCCUACAUUCUACUCACUGACUGUGUUAUCUGGGCAGAACGUGUGCCCGGGGAACAGCAGUGGCAGCCCGUGCUUGGAGGUCGAGGUAUUCGGCUUGCCAGCUGACAAUUGCCACUUCCGCACUAAACCCAUCCACCGGAACACACUUAACCCGAUGUGGAAUGAGAGCUUCACCUUUCAGGUGCACUUUGAAGACCUGGCAUUUCUACGUCUGGCUGUAGUGGAGAACAACAGUUCGCAAGUCACCGCGCAGAGGAUCCUGCCACUGAAGGCUCUCAAACCUGGCUACAGACACCUGCAGCUGAGGAAUCAGCACAAUGAGGCACUGGAGGUAUCCACUCUCUUCCUGUUUAGCCGCAGGAUGGAGGAGAGUCCUGAUGGUGGAGCACGACCGGCGGCAGUGCUGUUUAGCUCAGAGGAGCGGCGAGCGGCACAGCAGCACAAAGUGACCGUGCACGGAGCUCCAGGACCCGAACCUUUUACUGUGAUCAGUGUGAAAGAACACACUACAGCAAAGCAGUUGCUGAACAUGCUGGUUCCAAAUGCUGCUGCUGACUACAUCUUGAUGGAAGAGAAGAUACCAUUGUCAAAGGAAAAGUGUGAUGCAAAGAAAGUUCCUCAACAGCGCCCUCUAGUUUCUGACGAGAGGGUUCUCAAAGUUCUGCACAGCUGGCAACCUGAGGAGGGCUUUGUGGGCCGUAUAUGCAUGAAAGCCAAGGAGGAGAACUUGAAUGAGAAGAAUUCAGUAAUGGACAGACCAGAGGAAGUGAACAGCGGAGGAGACGAGGACGUGUUCUUUGUUCAGGUUCAUGAUGUUUCUCCAGAGCAACCGCGAACGGUCAUUAAAGCACCACGCUACAGCACUUCACAGGACAUCAUCCAGCAGGCGCUGUGCAAAGCAAAGUACUCGGUCAGCAUCUUGAGCAACCCGAACCCCAGCGAUUACGUGCUGAUGGAGGAGGUUGGUCGUGAAGCUCCUGGGAAGAAGGUGUCUUCAGUUAAACCCUCUCAGCGAGUGCUGCCUGAUCAUGAGUGUGUGUUCCAGGCCCAGAGCAAGUGGAAGGGCCCUGGCAAGUUCAUCCUCAAACUUAAGGAGCAGAUUGGGCGUGAGGACAAGAGGAAGUGCGUGUCGUUCGCCAGCGAGCUUUGGAAGCUGACGGGCCGCAGUCGCAGCGUGACGAUGAACGGGCCCGCCUCGAGUGAGGCAGCACACAGUAAGGAGGAGCGCGGUGCUCCGCCUCCACCUGAUGCCUUGGACUGAACGCACGCCUGACGAUGUGUGUGUGUUUGUGUGUGCAGUGCAUGGAGUCCUGGCCAGGUUCUGUGUUGGCGCUGGGACUGAAGGCCUGGGUGGCAGAGGCAUGUCUGGGUUUUGCCCCUGUGUCCCCACCGGCCCCCUCGGCCUGGUCCUUUCCCCUGCUGUGGAACUGGAAGUUGCCGAAAUGAGCAUCAAGCCUGAAACGACAUGCUUUGACCUUUCUUGACCUCUCACACACUGAGUGAUGAGCAUCAUGGGACAGAUAGAGGCACCUGUUAUGCUCCAAGCUGUUGGAGUGUAUACAGCACGAAGCCCACAGUGACCGAGCAGAACACGGAGCACUGCAGCAGGGUCCACACUGGUUCUAGGACGUGUAACGAUCGAUUAAAGCGCACUACCUUCGGGCCACUUCUGUCUUCACCUUUACUUUCUCUUCGCCGCUUAAACCCUUGAAGUGAGCAUGUGGUCGCUGGUGUCGCUCAAUCGUUUAUCUUGAAGUUCUGAUCUUUCACAGUACUGUCCUCGAGAAACGCAUAUUUAUGUACUGCAUGAUGAUAUUUUGCACAUUUUUUUUUAUUCUACUACAGUUGGAUUUUGAUCACCAUGUAGUCUUAUUUAAAUCAUAUUUAUUUGACUUUUCUUUUGUUUAACAUGCAGUUGAAUAGACAGAAAAGUAGCACACUCUGACAUCACACUAACGCUACAUUGGUUUUUCUUUGAAAAAAAUGCUUUUAAUAAUAGGAGUAGAUUAAUAGAAGUAUAUUUAUUGUCCAAAUGUUUAAAUGGCUGCUCUGGUUUUAUUCGGUCUCAGAAGUAAACACAGCCAGGUUUUGAAAGGUACAGUUUUCCUACGUUUAUUUAGACGACCAACCGAAAAGGCACUACAGAUUUCCACUUCACUUUAUAUUUCGUGCAAUUUUUUUUUCCUUUCUGUAUUUUUCUUAUUAAUGCUUUUUUUUUUUUUUUAAACAAUUAAACAUAUUGAAAUUUAUGACACCAGUAAGUACAAAUACUUUACUGUCAAUUACAUGAAUUUGCUUGUGGGAUCAUUUGUGGAAAAAAAUACAUUGUUUCCUUAAAGAUUUCCACAUUAUUUCUUGAUAGUGUUUAAUGUUUUUGCAUGUUGCACAAACGUGUCCGUUGCACUUACGCCCUCGUUUUUAAGUCAACUCCCCACGUGUACAUUUGACUACCUCUGCUAACUCGUGGAGCCUUUAAGUAUAACACUUUCCUGUUCUCUAAUCUAAUGUCCUCAACCUUUACUGCUUAUUAAAUGUAAAAAUCUUCUGCAUGAAGAUUGGAAACAUAACUUUUCUUUCUUUCUUUCUUUUUCCUUAUUAUUCUUAUUUUUUAUAAAUAUUAUUAUUUAUGAAA